UCACUGAAAGACUGACUUGAUGAAACAUGAGAAACAUUCCAGGAGAGUAAUAGUAAUGUGAUAAGGAACUGAAAUGCUUUUUUUGGAAAAGUUGGGGCUUUCACUAUAAACAGGCUAAAAUGAAUACAUAUGUUCUUCUAGUUUAAAAAAGUUUUGUAAGAAGCCCAGAAAGCUGGGAGGGAGUAUGCUGGUCUUUACAAUAUAAAUUACCUCAUUUAUUUUGAUCUGUACUGACCAGCACAUCCCCUACCCCUCUGCCUCACUGAAUGGCUUAGAUAUUGCAGAUUUAAAACUUGCCCCUGGGCUUAUUCCAGAUCAUCAAUCUCACGAGUGUCCUGUUGGCUUUGCUCUUGAAAAGGCAACUGGCCAGCCCAUGGUACUAGAAGUAGCUGUUGAGCUCUGUUGUCUGGGUUAGGGUUAAUCACAGCAGCUUGCUUCCUUUGGUGCUGAAUCAUCAAGGGGAAAAAAUGUAAGCUUGGCAGUAAAAUAUGUAUGUGCUGCAUUGUAGAUUUUCAAGCUUGCCUUUGCAAAUUAAAACCAGAAGCGUAUUUUAUAGAGAGAGCUCAGAAAGCUUGAAAUGGCUUUUCUCCUCUUCAGUAAGUUAUUUUAUCCAUAAUCUUAAAUAGAAGCUGUGCUACUGAAAGGACUUUUGUAGCUCUGGUGGAAUAGUUAGAGUACAAAAAUAAAUAUAAAAAAUUGAAAAGGCUAUUCUGGGUCAGGAAGAAAAAGGUCCCUCUGUACCAACCUGUCGGUGGAUGGGACUUUGAGAGGAGGUGACACUGUCUUCCUUUGAGCCCAGGGAAGCCUUUACACAAAAAAAUUGAAAAAUUUUAGGUUCUUUCAAGCACAGAAGAAGCAGCAAUUGAAGCCUGCCAAGCAAAUUGGGAGACCUGAGAAACUCUUUGUAUAUCAGCCCCUGUCAUUUCUCUUAUGAAAAUGAGGAAGGGAGUGACUGAACUCUUCUGGCAUUGCCAGGGCUUAGAGAAAAUGAGCUGUCAUGGGCAGGGAUGGGGAUUUUCUGGUGAUUUCUAUGUGCAGAGACCCAGGCCAGUGGUACAAGGUUGCAGGAACAGACCAUACAGCUGCAGCCUGGGAGCUGGCCUUGGAGAGCUUCCUGCUGCUGGCUCUUCAGGCAGGCAGGCUCUGGCCCACCUACGUGUAUCCACACUUAUUUAUGUAAGCACACAUCCUGCAGAAUUAUCCUUGGCCCCUGCAGAGCUGCACCCUCCAAAACAUAUGUAAGCAUUGGUGUUAGGAAACGUUGGGAAAGUCAAAACACCACAUCAGCACACAUACAUUUAAGGCUGGCUAUAAAACAAAGUUUGGUAUAAAACAGACCUUUUCUCUCUUGAUUUUAUGUAUACUGACUCCUGAUGACCUGAAAUUUCAAGCUGUUUCAGUCCUGGGUGUUUACAAGACAGGGCUGUGGCUGAUACAUGGGUCAUACAGCAGCUUGCAUGCUGGGGAGAGGUGGUCAGAAGAAGUUGCAUGGAUAUCUCUAGUAAGGAGAGACAGAGAGAAAAUGUCACAGUAUGCUGCAAAAAUGUGAGGCUUAACUCUAAUUUUAGCUUAGUUAUAGAUUUAGGUUUCCAUCCAGGUUUAGGACCCAGCAGCAAGGAGCUGCUUUUGCUAAUCAGUGAGUGAGUCUUAGUAGCUUUGAGUUUGUAAGGGGCAUCCUGGAUCACAGGUAGUGAAAAAGCUUUACCUACUAAGCAGGGGUGUUGCAGAAUUACCUCUGCUUAUUACAUACUGAGAUGAAUAAUUUAAGUUAAAAAUGGAAAAGAUUUAUAUGGAUUUGGUUCCUCAUCUAAAAAAUAGAUUUAUCCUCUUCAGUCAGCAUCUUUGUUAAUGAUCACUGGCCAUAUUGCUUAAUAGAUUUCCUCUCCCUGUAUAGAUAUGGUAAAAAUAUCAGUGUGGAUGACAUGUAGCACAGUCUGAAACCAGAGCUGUCUUUCCCUCUCCUGUUCUGACAUCUCCUCCUGCUCACAAAAGGAGCCAGUCCUCAGGUGAACCCUGGGACAGCGAAUCAGUGGAAUUUCACAUCUCUUCCAUCAGCUAUCCAUUGCUUUUUGAUGCCUCUCCUUCUGGCCAGCUGGGCAGAAAGAGGCAUCUGCUAAAGGCAGCAAGUCUGCUGCUGCUCAGGGAGCUGGAGCAGGGAGAGGCAGCACCAUGUCCAGACCUUGCCUGCUGCAUUUUCCCUUUGGUUUCCUCUGCUUGCUCCAGUGUGUUGCCAGAACACCUUUUUGCUCCAGCUGAAUAAGCAGAAUUCUGAGAUGCCAUUGAGAACAGGCCUGUGCCACAUCCCAAAGUGACUGAUGGCUAAUAGCACUCCUGCACAGCAAAAGUGUUUGGGGAGACUGUGUGUGCCUCAGUUUCAUUAUUUGAUCAUUGCAUGCCAGAGAAAGAAACUAAAAGGACAUUUGUAGCUUGGUCCUGGAACCAGCAGAGGGGGAAAUGCCUCUUACCUUUGAGGAAAUAUGAGCAGUUGUAGAAAGACCAUUCACACUCCCCAAAUACCCCACAAAGAGCUGUGCCCAGCACAUACAACCCUCUAGUCUAAAAUAAUAGCUACAAUACACUAAUUUUCUGCUCAGAAGAGGGAAAAAUAGGUGUCAACCAAUUCAUCCACCCCUCAAGAUAACAAAGGGGAUUCAUUGCUAAUGACCCUGGUGAUAAACAGAGAUAGUGUCACUCUCUCCUUGGGACGUGGCUAAACUCAAGCCAGUCCUCUCCACAUUACAUUUUCCCCUCUGUAAGGAACAUUUGGCUGACUCCAGACUUAUGUCCAAGGUCUCUCAAAUGCCAAUGCCAACCUGUACAGAAAGCAAAAUGUGUGGAUAUUGCCCUGAGUUCUUGUACCGAUGUUGCCUACACUCAAAUGGUGUACCCCAACUUUCUGGAUCAGAAGUCUCGAGAAGUGAUUGAGUACAGCUCUGAGUACCUGCUCAUCAGCGUGCUGCACAACUUGCUCCAGGGGGAAUGCAACCCCGACCUGAGGCUCCUGGGCUGCUCAGUGCUGGCCCCGCAGUGUGAGAAGGACAAAGUCAUAAAGCCCUGCAGGCACGUCUGUGAAAACCUGAAAAAGAAUUGCCUCCCUGCCUUUGACGCAAUAGACAUGGCCUGGCCCUACUUCUUAGACUGUGACCGCUUCUUCGCUGGGGAGGAAGAGGGGUGCUUCGACCCGCUGGCAAAGCUGAGAGGAGAAGUAGAUGCUGAGGAAGAUUUGCCUUCAGACUUGCCAGCAACUUUUAUUCAGUUCAAACACCAUUCAUAUUCCCAAAUGGUGAGCACGCUGAAGAAGACUGCCUCGAAGUGCUCCCACAUUGCCACCACUUACAGCAUAGGCCGCAGUUUUGAAGGGAAGGAUCUUUUUGUGAUUGAGUUUUCCACCAAGCCCGGACACCACGAGCUGCUGAAGCCAGAAUUUAAGUACAUUGGCAACAUGCAUGGAAAUGAAGUUGUGGGGAAGGAACUGCUGAUAUACCUCGCACAGUAUCUGUGUUCAGAAUAUCUUCUUGGGAACCCUCGCGUCCAGACCUUGAUCAACAACACCAGAAUCCAUCUCCUGCCCUCACUCAAUCCUGAUGGGUAUGAACUGGCUGCAGAAGAGGGGGCUGGUUACAAUGGAUGGGUCAUCGGACGACAGACAGCUCAGAACUUGGACCUGAACAGAAAUUUCCCUGAUUUGACAUCUGAGGCUUACAGAAGAGCUGGGAUUCGUGGGGCCCGUCUGGACCACAUCCCCAUUCCACAGUCCUACUGGGGGGGUAAGGUGGCCCCUGAGACAAAAGCAGUCAUGAAGUGGUUGAGGUCUAUCCCAUUUGUGCUCUCUGCCAGCCUCCAUGGGGGUGAGCUGGUUGUGACCUAUCCUUAUGACUAUUCAAGGCAUCCUAUGGAAGAAAAAAUGUUCUCCCCUACACCUGAUGAGAAGGUGUUCAAGAUGCUGGCUAAAGCCUAUGCAGAUGCACACCCUGUCAUCUCAGACCGGUCUGAGCUUCGCUGUGGUGGGAAUUUUGUGAAACGUGGAGGUAUUAUAAAUGGUGCUGAGUGGUACAGCUUCACUGGAGGUAUGGCAGACUUUAAUUACCUUCACACAAAUUGCUUUGAAGUUACCGUGGAGGUAGGAUGUGAAAAGUUUCCUUUGGAAGAAGAACUGUUUACAAUCUGGCAUGAAAACAAAGGUGCCCUUCUGAAUUACAUGGAAAUGGUUCAUCGGGGGAUAAAAGGAAUUGUGUCUGAUAAAUUUGGCAACCCAAUAAAAAAUGCUCGUAUUUCAGUCAGGGGCAUUCAACAUGAUGUCACCACAGCUGCCGACGGCGACUACUGGCGGCUCCUGCCUCCAGGGACGUUCAUCAUCAGCGCCCAGGCGCCGGGCUACAGCCGCGUGAUGAAGAGGGUCACCAUCCCCGCCAGGAUGAAGCAGGCUGGGCGAGUGGAUUUCGUGCUGCGGCCCGCGGAGGCCUGGCCCAACAAGCUCCUCCGGCGCUCCAUGGAGGACGCGUACGACCCGUACGACCCGCUGGAACUUUUUGACCCUCACGCCCAGCACGGGCAGGCCGAGGCUCGCGGAGGGUCCGCAGCAGGCAGGGAGAAGCCCUGGUGGUGGUCGUACUUCAGCUCUCUAGACCUGCACAAGCCUCUCUGGCUGCUCAAGCAGCGCUGAGGGACGUCGCCACACUCGGCUCGGCUCACUCCGCUGCCCUUCCAGACACCCUCACUGCUCUUGGCAAUAUUUAAAUGUUUCAUUUGAAAAUAUAAUAUUAAUUCAAGCACGCUUGCUUCUUUUGUUUUCUCUUCACACACAACUGAGUAUAUUCAAGUGGGCUUUUAAGUAUUUAAAACCAACGGUGCACAUCCAGUCAAAGGCCAGAUUUUAUGCAGUUUUUUUCUUGGUAAUGCUCGGUACUUCUGCCCAUGUAGUUAAUCAUCACAUUCAUUAUUUAUUAGGUUCUAAGUACCUGCAGGAAAAUAUUCCUGAUCCUUUAAUGCAUUUUUGUACAUGUUUUAAUACAUUAAUGAUAACAUACUAAAAACAACAUUCAGAAACACUCAGAAAACUCUUUCAUUUUCUCUUUUUACAUUAGCAUAUUAAGUUCAUUACCUCUUCUAAUAACAGCGCAAAAUAUAGGGUAUUUUA